GUGGUCAGAUACUGGGCCGACGAGAGCGGCUACCACCCGACGCUGCGCCGUAUGCGUACCCCAGGCUGUGAACAGCAGAAGCGGGAGGCGGUCAGCUCCGACCCAUCCGCUGCCGCCGACCCCUCGUCUCCGGACGGACCGUCCGCCGUGGCCCCUGGUAAGAGCCCGGACCCAGCUCCCGCCGGGCAGCCACAGGAGACCGAGACUCCCUCGGCAGCCCGCUCCGAGCCGCAGAGGACAGCGGGAAGGAGGGGACCGUCAGCGCCCGGCUCUCCCUCGGGGGCGACGGCAUCCUGCGGGAGCCGUACGGGUCCCGACGGCCAGCCAGCAGCCCCCAGCCGGCCGUACGGGUUCGCCUACAACGCGGGUACGCAUUACCACUGGGAGCGCGGUUUCGCCAAUGGAACCAAGAUAGGGGCCUACGCGGUGCAGCUGCCGGAUGGUACUCUUCGGACCACCACCUACACCGCCGACUGUUCAGGCUUCAAACCGAGCAUCACUGUCGAGCCGUUAGACGAGGCCAAGUUCCUCAGAGACUUCCAGGCGUUCAACCCGCCUAAGGAGGCCAAGCUGUUCGAGCGAGGUGAGCAGCCCCAGGCCUCCGCCCUGGUGCGUUCGGAACCGGCGCCGGCUCCGCAGAACCUACGAGCUCCGGGAAAGCAGAGAUCGGCAGAGGUCCGCGGAACGCCGCCCCGACUGGUGCAGGAGCGACGGAAGGAGACGACAUCCUCACCGGCCUCCACCAAACCGCCCACCACCACAGAAAGGCCCACGGCUGCCAGCACUACCACCACCACCACCACCACAGCGCCGCCAACGACCACAGCGGCGCCUCCACGAACCUCUGCUUCUCCCAGUCGACCGAUAGGUGGCAGCCCCAGCAGAAGCCGCUCCCCAGCCCGCCGCCUCGCCCCGAUCGUGCCCAUCCGACCGGCCGGCAGCGGGCCGUACCAUUUCUACGUCCACCUACGGCACAACUACCACGAGGAGCGGGGAUACGAGAACGGCACCGUAGCCGGUCAGUACGGCGUGGUCGGACCCGAUGGCGUGCUGCGGGAAGUGGGCUACACCUCCGAGCACGGCUUCGUACCCACGCUGACCGACACACCCGUCAGCGCCGACCACGACCUCAGCUCUCGGCCGAGGAAACUCUGAGGUCGUGUGUCUCUGAGCUCGUGAGGGAAAGUGCGGGGUGCGGGAGGACGAAGGGCCAGUGUCGGUUACUGGACUGACUGCAGGCGGUGGGUUUGACGCCGCAGUGCGGUCUUGGCUGUGGGAGAUGAAUAGAAUAGUGAGAGGUGAGGUGGCUAUUGUGAGGUAGUGUGUAAAAGCGUUUGGUGCACAUGUCGGUAAGAAGUGGCCAAUAGCCCAACAGAAGAGCUGACUACCAGGCUCGUGUCGGGAGAGCAAACAUUAUUGUGCCGUCGAGCAGAGUUGGGGGAAAUCACAUUUUUACUGCUACUCCAAAGAAAUAUUUGCGGGAAAACGAUCGCUCCGGCUGCACUAUGCUCACAAGUCACUUUUCAAGAAUGGUCGCCCACGGCCCAACCUCCCAAUGUAAGCGUUACGGAAGGAUUCAGUUGUGAAAAGGGGUGUGGACGAAUGACAGACAAGGGCGAGCAAUUUUGCUUUUAUCUGUUGUCAUCGAGCUGAAACUGAAGAGAACGUUCUUAUUCAAUGCUCACACUAAUGCUCAACGAAUGAUCAAACACUGUCAAAGCUUUGAACCCGUGCACCAUUGUGAAUGUUAAGCGCAACGCAGAUCAUGGAAACGAUAAUACAUUGCCAUGCUAUGAGGCACUUCCAUUACCAAAUACCCAUUCUGUGAACCAGAGCCCACAGCCACGCAUGUAACUUCUCGCGUUCAUCCUUUAUCAGUCAUACAAUAAGUAGAAGCUGCGCAUUUUCAUGAUUUGUCUGUAAAUAAAUGUCGCACGUUCCU